CUUCUUCUUCUUCUUCUUCUUCUUCUCUGAAUUUCUUUUAAAUAAUUAUUAACAAUGGAGUUCAAAUUUGAUUAUCAUUUUUCUGUAGGACCCAAUUAAACGUGGGCGAGUCCCUUAAAACGUAACAAAUUCCCGAAAUUUGGCGGGGAAAAUACACAACAGUUUCAUAUUUUAAUUUAAGUAUUUAAGAGUAUAAAUCAAAGAACCAAAUAAGAACAGAAUGGACGUACCAAAUGUUGCCAUGCAGCCUUGAAGAAAUUCAUGUUUGCCUAAUUCAUCAAGCGGUUUUCCAUACAAGACGCAAUACAAGACAUUGGCUUGGCUCUGUGGCCAAGUUAGCGAACAACUAUCAGUUCAAUAUCGACUUUACUGAGAUGAUUUCCCCCGGAACUCGAGAUUAUGAAAUGAUUUAAGUGGAUAACUUUAGGCGAACAUUUCGGGGGUCAUUUUUGUGUUUUGAAUAUUCUCUACGAAAAUGAAGUGUGGAUACUUUUCGAGUGUAUAUUUUAUAAUUGCGUUGUGCACAUUGGAAGUAUGUGGAGUUUCUGAUAAAACAAGGUCGUAUUUUCUUCAGCUUCUAAACGAUAUGGCUCCGACUCGGACCCCGCCGAACUACGACAUGAAGGUCCCCACUGAAAUAGAGUGUGACCUGUUUGUAAACAAUGUGGACACGAUCAGGGAAGCAGAUAUGGAUUUUACAGUGGAUCUGAAGCUUCAUCUGACCUGGAAAAACCCUCACAUCAUUAACAACUUCAAAUCCAUCAAGGUUGAUUUCGAUUACCUAGACUUCGACGCACAGAACAUGCAAAAGGUGUGGGUACCGGACAUUUACUUUCCGAACGAGAAGCGGGCGGCCGUCCACACCAUUAUGAUGGACAACAAAAUGCUGCGUCUUUACAGCGACAGCACCGUCAAAUACAUCAUCAGGGUCGCCGUGACGUUGAGCUGCCGAAUGAACUUACGGAAGUAUCCGUUCGACAAGCAGGUCUGCUCCAUUAUGAUUGAGAGCUUCGGGUACACGGUGGAUAAGCUGGUGCUGCAUUGGGGUGAAGGAGAGGAGAAGGCGGUCGUCACGGACAAUGUGAAGGAAAUGCGCCAGUUUCGAAUGGUCCACACGCACUGGUCAAACUUCACACGCACACACAACAUCACAGGUAACCACAGUUGCCUGCAGGCGGAUUUCCACCUUGUGCGGAACAUCGGUUACUACGUGAUCCAGAUGUACGUGCCCAGCCUGCUGAUCGUGAUGCUCUCGUGGCUCUCGUUCUGGCUGAACGUCAACUCAAUCCCGGGCCGCGUCACUCUCGGCGUCCUUUCCGUGCUCACUAUCUCCACGCAGAGUACAAGCGUCAACGCCUCCCUUCCCAGGGUCAGCUACACAAAGGCUAUUGGACUUCAUUCCAUAUCAAUUCAAUCCAUACCAACAGACGUUUGGAUGAUCACGUGUCUGGUGUUCGUGUUUGCGGCACUGAUCGAGUUCGCGGUGGUUAACGUGCUGGCACAGAAAGUGCCCGGAAGGCGGUUCUCCCUGGCAACGCUCUUCCUUGCACAGAAGGAAGGCGGUGAGGAGAAAGAAACAGCAGUGGACCAAGACGGCCGUGUGACGGUGGAGGCACGACAGAGCCCCCAUAGCCGCAUCCUGUUGUGUUCCCGUUAUCUGGACAUCGCCUCCAGGGUUCUGUUUCCGGUUGCCUUCGCCAUCUUCAACAUGAUAUACUGGAUAUACUUCCUCAACGUCACGGAGUACUGAGGGCCAUGUGCGCGAUAUAGGCACAGCGGUUUCAGAUUUUCAAAAAUGGAAAUACUGUGGACUCUUAGGGUUGAUCUUUUAACUCACGAGUUUUGUAACCAAUCAAUCAGAUGCCCAAAAUAAUUUUCGCCUGAAUGCUUGCUGACCUAAAGGAAGGUGCCCCAAAAAAGCUGUUGUAAAAAUUAAUAGAGCUUAUAUAACGUUCGUAUUUCUUAACCAGCUUAUAUAGAAGAGCUCUUC